CCACCGCUGAGAAGAGGCGGAGCCAAUCCAGCCCAGGUUCUUCUUCCUAAAGUCUGAGACCGAGAACCAGGAAGCGACGGUGGGAUUACCUCAAACUCUUGACACGAGCAACUUUUUUCCGCUGGUUUAUUCCUCUGUGCGCUUUAAGGAGGUCAAAAUGUGCUCGAUGGACUUGGAGAAGCUGAAGAUGUCGGGGGCUGGUCGGGCCAUGGCUGUGUUGACCAGCGGAGGAGAUGCACAAGGCAUGAACGCUGCUGUCCGAGCCGUGACCAGAAUGGGCAUUUACGUGGGAGCCAAAGUCUAUCUCAUUUAUGAGGGGUACCAGGGCCUGGUGGAUGGGGGAGACAACAUCAAACUGGCUCACUGGCACAGCGUGACCAACAUCAUCCAGCUGGGUGGGACUGUGAUAGGUAGCGCUCGCUGCAAGGCCUUCACAACCCGCGAGGGCAGGCUCGGCGCCGCCUUCAACCUGGUGAAGAAGGGCAUCACCAACCUGUGCGUGUGCGGCGGAGACGGCAGCCUCACCGGAGCCAACAUCUUCCGCAGUGAGUGGAGAGGUCUGCUGGAUGAGCUCGUGAAGAAUGGAAGAAUAACAGACUCUCUGGCCAAGGAGCACAAUCACCUGAACAUCGUGGGGCUCGUGGGCUCCAUAGACAACGACUUCUGCGGCACUGAUAUGACCAUAGGGGCCGACUCGGCUCUGCACCGCAUCAUGGAGAUAGUCGACGCUAUCGUGACCACUGCACAGAGCCACCAGCGCACAUUUGUUCUGGAGGUCAUGGGGCGACACUGUGGGUACCUGGCCCUGGUGUCGGCUCUGGCGUCCGGGGCCGACUGGCUCCUCAUUCCAGAGGCUCCUCCGCACGAAGGCUGGGAGGAUCGCAUGUGUGCCCGUCUAGAGGGGAGCCGCAUAAAGGGGUCAAGACUCAACAUUAUAAUCGUUGCAGAAGGAGCUGUUGACAUGAACGGCAAGCCCAUCUCCACAAGUUAUGUAAAAGAUCUGGUGGUGAAACGGUUGGGAUAUGACACCAGAGUGACCGUGCUCGGCCAUGUUCAGCGAGGAGGAACUCCCUCUGCGUUUGACAGAAUACUGAGCAGUAAGUUGGGUAUCGAGGCGGUGAUCGCCCUGAUGGACGCCUCUCCCGACACCCCAGCCUGCGUCAUCGGCCUGUCGGGCAACCACCCGGUUCGCCUGCCGCUAAUGGAGUGUGUGGAGAUGACUAAGUUGGUGCAGAAGGCCAUGAACGAGAAGAGGUUUGACGAGGCCGUUAAACUGCGUGGAGGGAGUUUUGAGAACAACUGGAACAUCUACAAGCUUCUUGCCUUCCAGAAACCUGCCCAGUCUGCAAGCAAUUUCUCUCUGGCGAUUCUGAACGUGGGCGCCCCGGCUGCGGGGAUGAAUGCAGCCGGGAGGUCGGCUGUAAGGUUAGCGCUCGCUCAUGGACACAAGGUCUACGCUGUCCAUGAUGGCUUUCUGGGGUUCGCCAACGGAGCGCUGUUUGAGAUGGACUGGCACACUGUGGCUGGAUGGACAGGCCAAGGGGGCUCACUGCUGGGGACCAAACGAACUCUUCCCAACAAACACAUGGAAAAGAUUGUGGAAACUAUUGCCAAAUUCAACAUCUCCGCUCUGCUUAUAAUCGGAGGAUUUGAGGCAUAUGAAGGUGUGCUGCAGCUGUUUGAAGCCCGCGGUCGCUACGAUGAGCUCUGCAUCCCCAUGUGCAUUAUACCUGCUACCAUCAGCAAUAACGUGCCUGGAACUGACUUCAGCCUGGGGGCAGACACUGCGGUCAAUGCUGCCAUGGAGAGUUGCGACAAGAUAAAGCAGUCGGCCACUGGAACCAAGAGACGAGUGUUUGUGGUGGAGACCAUGGGCGGAUACUGCGGCUAUUUGGCCACCUCCACUGGUAUAGCCGUGGGUGCUGACGCAGCCUACAUCUUCGAAGACCCCAUUAACAUCCACGACCUCAAGACCAAUGUGGAGCAUUUGGCUGAAAAGAUGAAGAAAGACAUCCAGCGAGGUCUAAUACUGAGGAAUGAGAAUUGCCACGAAAACUACACGACAGAUUUCAUCCACAGACUGUACUCGUCAGAGGGGAAGGGCAUCUUUGACUGCAGGGUCAAUGUGUUGGGACACCUCCAGCAGGGAGGGGAACCUUCUCCGUUUGACAGAAACUACGGCACCAAGUUGGGUGUGAGAGCUAUCCAGUGGAUUUCAGAGAGACUGACUGAAAACUUCCGUCAAGGCCGCGUGUUUGCCAACUCUCCAGAAACGGCAUGUGUCCUUGGCCUCAACAGGAAGGUCAUCGCGUUCACGCCCGUCACUGCACUCAAGGAUGCGACCGAUUUUGAGCAUCGGAUGCCCAAGGUGCAGUGGUGGUUCAAUCUGCGGCCUAUGCUAAAAAUGUUGGCCAAGUACCAAACCAGCUUCUGCGAGUACGUGCCUGGAGAGAUUGAACACGUGACUCGACGCUCCAUCAGCAUUGACUCUGGAUUCUAGGAUCUCUGAAAGGACAGUACUCUCUGCACUUUUUAAACUCAUAUAUCUGCGUCAUUUGUUCCAAUGACUGUGUCCUUUAUGAAAGCCAGCACAGAUCAUGUAGACCUACAGUAUUCAUUUAUUGAAUGAACCAUUCAGUAGAGCUUUUUCUUUUCCAAGUGAGGCCAAGGUGGUUAGGGAUUAACCACAGAGUAUAUCACAUGUAACAGACUGUAUGCGCUGCGGUAUGAAUGGUUUGCUUCCAAAGUCACAUCCAAAAAGAAUAAGAAAUAUUCUGAGCCAAAAAUAAUAUGAUCAAGAAUUUAUGGUGUACAAUUUCACAUUUUAUAGGUUUUAUUUGUUAAGAAUGACUGACUGUGCACAAAAUGAAUGUUAAGAGCGCCUCGGUAGUUUGUUGAGAGUCUCAUUUCAAACAUAUUUAACACACUUAAUGUUAAAAUGCGACUGUGUGAGUCAAAGGACCAGUGAGUUGUUAAUAUUCAUUUUUUUUUAUCCUCUAUUAGACUGAAACUGCUUUGCCAUUAGUUAAAGUGAACAGCAAGUCACAACACAGCAACACAGUCUGUUACACUGUGUCAAAAACCGUUUAACUUCAAAACCACUGUACUGAAAACAGGAAUCUUUGUAAAGAAAUGUAUGAACUUGUGAAUUAUUUUGAUACAAACAUAGUUAAUAGCAACCAUAUAACGAAAUACGAACAAUGAAAGACUAUUAGAAAAAUAUUUUCAUCCUCUGCAAUUGACAAUAAAUAAGAUCAGAAAAGUGAAA